UGGAAUCUUGCGGAAUCGAAUCCUUUAAUAAUUAGUACACAAUUGACAUUAAAAAAUAGGAAAAUUAUAAACUAUUUAUUGCUAGGCAACAAAGGAUCAUCCAUGGUCAGGAACUAUGGAUAUAGAUUUCAUCACACUAAUUGUGAUGUUUUAUUAACAGGGGCGGUUGGUGGUGAUGGUGAUGACAGCGAUGAUAAGGAGAAGGAAGAAGAAGCCGAACGCGAGCGGCAGGAGGCCAUCCGCGAAGCAGAGGAUAGGCGCAAGGAGAAACAUCGCAAGAUGGAGGAGGAGAGAGAGAAGAUGAGACAGGAGAUCAGGGACAAGUACAAAAUCCCUAAGAAAGAGGAGGUGGUGGAGCAGCAGCCGAUGGAACCGGACAACCCUCUGAUGAGGAAGAAGAAGACUCCCGAAGAGCUCGCCGCGGAAGCAGAACUAGAAGACCAGGAUGAGUUCACUAAGUUGAAAAACACCAUCGAAACGCAAGUGAACGAACUGAAGUCACAGAUUGAGAGUAAAUGUGUGAUGCAGUGAGCGGGCACCGCUCUACCAUACCAUUACCCGAAUACAUGAUGUAGCUGCUAAGAUCAUUGUUAUGACGAUGUUUCACAAUCCGUAUUCAUACCGAUAUACCCCCAGCCCCCAUCCCUCUCCCCCCACAAAAGGAUGACACAAAAGUAUUACGUUCGGGAACAGUAUCAUUCGCGCUCAAGAUUUUUGUGUAGGAGAGAUUCGAAUUCUAAAUUUUGUAGUUGGCUAGUGGCGCGUUGGUGCUUAAUAAUGAGCAAUAAUAUUUUUAUACAUUCAUAAAAAAAUUUGGAGAGCAGCCCAUGAACAUAACAUUAAAGAAGCGCGUUCAGACGAAGGUCAAAAAGUCACCUGGACAGAAACAACACCACUACGUAGUGUGAAACAAUCCAGUUUUAUAUGUUGACGCUUGUGAUAUAUUGUUAUUUAAGUGUAAUGAGGAAAUAAAUAUAAAUACAACUAGAGAAAAAAAAACGGUGUAAUAUUAAUUAAAGGAGGAGAAAAGUAUUUUAAGGAAGUUUAGCACGCGUGUAGGUACUCAAAAUUCGACUGUGUAACUAAGUCAACACUAUCUCAUCUAUUCUCAUCUACUUCGAGAGUUCAAAUUUACAUUGAAAUAACAAUGUAUUUCUGAUAUUUGUUUUCAUCCAAAUUCCGUGAGCUUGACGUACUUCUACUAGGUAUCGCCGGUACAAAACUACGAUGUCCAACGCCGGCGCUGUAACUACGUGGCUUCGCUCUUCGCUAACUUUUCACACUUUAAAUAAUUCUUCGACUUUUGCCUCUAAAUCUUUUGCAUGCGUGCUUAUGCAGUGUAAAUCGAUAUUGUGUCAGUGUAUUUUGUUUAGGUGUACAUACCAGUAAUCGUCCUAGCCUUAAUAACCACAUCGAACAUAAAAUAGGUACAAGACGUAUUGUUAAACCGACGCAAAUCUGAGAAGACCGAAUUGUACGGUCGUGUCAUUCACAGAUUUGGUAUCGUCCAUUUUGUUCUGCAUGUCUAAUAUAAGAUCAAUAUUCGUUUAGACGUAAAUAAUGUGUAAAGAAAUGUAGAUAACACUCUUCUCGUUGUUUUACCGUUGAACCAAUAGCGUAGUUGACGCGACGUGGUUUAAAUCUAAUGUUUUAUCGAUGUUUUACGCUUAGAUAUAAAGUUAACACAUCGUGUGAGCGAAUUUUUCGAGCGAUUAUAGCCCUUUGGUGCAGUGGUGAGUAUGCUGAAAGAACAAAGUCAUCUAGGUACAAAAUACACGGCGUGACACAACGACACAAAGGCUUGUAGGUGAUGCUGCCUAACGCUGGUGCAGAUUUGAAGCCAUUUGGCAUAGAACAGAGCUAAUUGUUCGAACAAUUAACUCCACUUAAGCUACAAAUGCAAAAGAUUUGUUAUCGUCAAAAGCUGUGAUAUAUGAAUAAUAAAACUAACGCUGUGCGCCAAACGCGGCCUGACCGCUCGCGCUCUUUUAAAUUUUCUCGUUAGCUUCUUCUACUUUGGAUCUAUUACUUAAAUAUAAAUCAUCACCACCAUCUCUACCGCUAUUCUAUCUUCUAGUAGAUUUCCGAUCUCGACUGACUUACUUGAAAACAGCACAUCAUGUAUUUCCACUUUAAUUUAAGUUAAUUUGAACUAUUGACGUAUUGUUUGAUAGCAACGCUUAAUGAAUUUGCUUUUACACUUCUCAAUUAAGACAUAUUUUUGCAUCGUCAUUAUGUUAACUAAACUUUGGUCAAUUAUACCUAUCCUCACACUGUUAAUUGCAAAAUCAGUUCUUAAAAAUACUAUUCAAUAUACACUUAAUGUAAAUACU